AUGUCUCGCCCACAGGAGAGAGUGGGCCAGCCGUUGUUCCUGCUGGCGAGGGCCCUCACGCAGCAUAUCUCCCGGGGCCCGGUGGACCGCGUGACGGGCAAAGCCCUGUACACGCUCAGCGAGGACUGGCUGCUCUGGCAGGCGCCGGACUUCGCCCCUCUGAGGCUGAAGGCAUUGUUUUCGGCGGGCAGCGACGGCGAGGUGAGCGAACCACUGGAGGCGGUGGCCCUCACCUGCGACACGGCGGAGCAGGCCAAGGAGAAGGUCCUCAGCGCCUUCGAGACCAAGUUCGGCUUCCCCUACAGCAGGCCGCAAAUGAGCGUUUCUAUCGAGUUGGAGAGGGACGGAGGCUUCGUGGCCCUGGAAGAGGUGGACGGCAGCUCUGAAGCGAUCGGGGACGUGACCAGGCUCAACACGUUGGAGCACUACAAGGUGGCAGACGGCGCUGCAAUCAAGGUGACCUCCAGAUCGAAUCCUUCUGUGAGCCCCCAGUGUAGUUUGAAGGAGAACGGUGAUAUUUGGGAUAAAUAUUUUCACUUGAUCGGGCCUGACGUUGACCAGGACCUGGAAAAGAAUCCAGAGAGGAAGAAAUUGAAGCUGAAGGAAGUGCACCUCACCAAACUCCUUUCCACCAAAGUGGCCGUGCAUUCGUUUGUGGAGAACUUGUUCAGGUCCGUGUGGGGGCAGGCCAACCGCAGAGCGCCGCAGGCGGUGAAAUACUUUUUCGACUUCCUGGACCGUCAAGCGGAGGAGAUGAAGAUCUCCGAUCCGGAUGUGCUGCACAUUUGGAAGACUAAUAGCUUGCCUCUCCGCUUCUGGGUGAACAUCCUGAAGAACCCCCAGUUCGUCUUCGACAUGGCCAAGAGUCCCCACCUGGACGGGUGCUUGUCGGUCGCCGCUCAGGCGUUCAUGGAUUCCUUCUCCCUGAGCGACACUCAGCUGGGGAAGCACGCGCCGACCAACAAGCUGCUGUACGCCAAAGACGUUCCCAAGUACAAGGAGGAAGUCAAGGAGUAUUUCCGGAGCAUCCGGGAUCAGCCGCCCGUCAGUCGCUCGGAGUUUUACAAGUUUCUGGACGAGGAGUCGAAGAAGCACGAGAACGAGUUCAACGAAGCGGCCGCCCUCAAGGAGCUGCAGAAGAUGAUCCUGAGAUACGUCCCGCAGAUCAGCGAGAAGCUUGAGCAGAGCGGCGCCCCGGCCCACUUCAGGGAGGAACUGCAGCGGCUGCAGGAGACGUCGGACGUCGUCAGGAGCUGCUCGUGGAGCUGCAACCCGCGGGGGCUUUGAAAACCGCACGCCGCCACCACCACAACGGACUUUUGAUUAGAUUUAGCUGACCAGUCAUGUUGGUGUGAAGCUCUGUGACUUUAAGUUGAAUCUGAAUAAAAAAAGAAGUGAAAUAUUUA